AUGUUUGAUUUUCGUAAAGGAAUGAGCACAGAACAACUUCUUGAUAUCGAGCCUCCAGGGCUUAGUUUCCCAUUUGAGCGAGUCAGGAGACAAGUGUCUUGUACAAUUCGGCUGUCAAAUAAAACCCGAGAUCGCAUUGCUUUUAUGGUUGUAAACCCAAAUCCCAUGAAUUAUGGAUGUGAACCCAAUCUUGGAAUUCUUUCGCCCAGAUCAACAUGUGAUCUCACAGUAACAAUGCAAGCCUUGGAGGAGGCUCCUCGCAACAUGCAAUGUGAGAACAACUUUCUAAUUCGGAGUUUAAUCGUGAGUUCUGGUGCAACCAAAGAAGAUGUUGAAAUACUGUUCGAUGAGGAAGGACAUCGUAGUCAAAAUGGCCUACUGAAUGCAGAUUACAUUUUUCCUCUCCAAGUUAAAUCAGUAGUUCCUGAUGGAAUAGUAAGUUUUUCUUGGGCAGCUGAAGUUUCUGUUUGCUGAUAGUCAUUAUUUCGUGUAAUGGUCUGUGCAUUAACAAUUGAUUUCUGUCAAGAGGUGAGAAUGAAAAUCAAUAUUCAAGGAUAAGUUUCCCAUCAAUUGCUGAUCUAGUUGAAAGUCUCUUUCCCUUGUGUCACAAAUAUGUUCCUGGUAGCUGAAAUAGACUGAACUUAAAUUAUUUUCUUG